AUGAUAUCGCAAUUGGUCCGAUCGUUGAGCUCUUCACGUAAAAACGUCAAUUGUCGCCUGCUCAGUGUAUUGCGUGGUAUCUCGGAAGACCUACUAGUGAGUACAAGUAUUGGACACCAAAUUGGAGGUGAUUCACACUCUGCACUGGUAGACAGUUUGGUCCGGACGAAUGUGGUGACUGCUGGCUCACGACUUGAAGCAGCGCUUAGACAUGUGGACCGUGGAGAUUUCGUGUUGACGGCGUUUCGAGACUCAAGUGAGCGAUAUGACAAUCGUCCAUUGAAAAUUGGUACGGUAGCUACCAUCUCCACACCUCAACAGCAUGCACAGGUGCUAGGGCUACUGGAACCCCAUCUUCAUCCAGGAAUGACAGCAGUGGACGUCGGUUGCGGCUCAGGUAUUCUUGUGGCCGCUAUGUCGCGGUUAGUAGGCCCGUUUGGAUUUGUCACAGGAGUUGAUAUUGUACCAGAUCUUGUGACGUUCUCUAGAGAGAAUGUGCAACGCAGUCUGGGCAAGGAAGUAGCUGACAAGCAGACAAAGAUUUUGCUGAGUACUGGAAAAAAUGACUUUGGUCUGGCGUUUGAUAAUAAGUACGACUGCAUCCAUAUUGGUGUCGCUGUUGAGACGAAAGCUGAAGCAGAGAGUUUCUUAAAGUACCUCAAACCUGGUGGAGGGCUUUUGGUUCCGAUUGGUGGAGCAGGUGCAGAGCAAAAGUUGGUCAAGAUGACAAAGCUUGCUGAUGGGACUGUAGAUAAGCGAGACAUAAUGAGCGUCCUUUGUCAACCGAUCUUAGACACCGUGCCUGAAGAGGUUGUCCACGAGUCGCGCGCUGAGAAGCUGAAGCGAGUGGAAAAGGCACUUGCAGAGUGGCGCAAUGCUUUUGAGGUUGAAUACGAACGAAAACCCACGCGGGAUGAUCUCAUGUGUAACACGUACGCAAAGAAUCUGUUCGAAGAGUUUGCAGCGCUACGCAAGUAA